CAUGUCUGAUGCAUCCACGACUCCUGCUCUGAGCAUCUCCUGCACAGUCUGACGUGAUCACAUGGGCUCAAGUGUUCACGUGAUGAGACCCACUUGUAACCCGGAAUGAAUUGUGAUCGCUAGUCAUUCAUUCACCGACUCUAAUCUCCAACACUGACAGUAAACAACAUACCAGACUAUGGCUGCAGAUUCUAUGGAAAUUGAUGAUACUUUGUACAGCCGUCAACGCUAUGUAUUGGGUGAUAGCGCAAUGCAGCAGAUGGCCCAGUCUCAUGUGUUUCUCAGUGGGAUGGGAGGGCUAGGAGUAGAGAUGGCAAAGAAUAUUGUACUUGCAGGAGUAAAGGCAUUGACUGUUCACGAUACAAAGAAAUGUGAAACCUGGGAUCUUGGAACUAACUUUUUUAUUUGUGAAGAUGAUGUUCAGAACCAGAGGAAAAGAGUGGAAACUGUUUAUCCUCGCAUUGCUGAGUUAAAUCCUUAUGUUCAAGUCAACAUAUCCACUGCACCCAUUGACACAACAACUGAUCUGUCGUUCUUAAAGCAGUAUCAGUGCGUGAUCCUAACUGAGACCAGGCUUUCUCUCCAAAAGAAGAUUAAUGAAUUUUGCCAUUCACAACAGCCUCCAAUUAAGUUUAUCAGCACUGAUGUAUAUGGGAUUUGCUCACGUGUGUUCUGUGAUUUUGGAGACAAGUUUGAAGUCUCUGAUCCCACCGGAGAAGAGCCUAAAGAAAUCUUCGUGCAGAAUAUAACCCAGUCAAAUCCUGGAGUGGUAACCUGCAUGGACAAUAGGAAUCAUGGACUUCAGUCGGGACAGCUUGUCACCUUUCGGGAAGUCAAUGGGAUGUCUGAAUUAAAUGGAACCACUCGCCAAAUAACAGCACUCUCACCCUACACCUUUAGUAUUGGUGAUACAUCACACUUGGAAGCAUACACCCAUGGAGGAAUCAUUGUUCAGAUAAAAUCUCCCAAGACUUUCUACUUUGAAAAAAUGGAGAAGCAGCUUUCUGACCCAAGUUGCCUUAUAGUAGAUUUCAGCAAGCCUGAGGCCCCUCUACAGAUUCAUGCAGCCUUGCUAGCUGUGGACAUGUUUCGGGAGCAGCACCAGCGCAUGCCAGGCAUCGGGUGUCUUCAAGAUGCAGAUCUAUUAUUAAAGCUGACAGAAGAAGUCAAUAAAACUCUGGUAAACAAAGCUGAUGUUAAUGAAGACCUUGUAAAAUGGGUGUCCAGGACAGCGAAAGGCUCUUUGCCCCCUCUUGCUGCUGCAGUAGGUGGAAUUGCAAGUCAAGAAGUCCUGAAAGCACUAACAGGCAAAUUUGCUCCAUUACAGCAGUGGUUCUAUUUUGAUGCACUGGAAGUGGUGAAGGCCCUUGAGACAACUGCCUGUGAAGAGUUCUUCCCAAGAGGAGAUAGAUACGAUGCCCUACGUGCCUGCAUUGGGGAAACCAUGUGUCAAAAGCUGCACAAGCUGAAAGUGUUCAUAGUUGGAUGUGGCGCGAUUGGCUGUGAAAUGCUGAAGAAUUUUGCACUGCUUGGCGUUGGUCUUGGCAGCAGCUCAGGAAUGAUUGCUGUCACAGAUCCAGAUUUAAUUGAAAAGUCUAACUUGAACAGGCAAUUCCUUUUUAGACCUCAUCAUAUACAGAAACCAAAAAGCUGUACAGCUGCGGCUGCAACCUUGGAAAUCAACCCACAGAUAAAGAUUGAUGCCCACCUUAAUAAAGUGUGUCCAGCCACUGAAAAUAUUUAUAAUGAUGAGUUUUACACCAGACUGGAUGUCAUUGUAACGGCAUUAGAUAAUGUGGAAGCCCGGCGAUAUGUUGACAGCCGGAGUGUGUCUAACCAGAGGCCUCUGUUGGACUCUGGGACUAUGGGAACAAAAGGACACACUGAAAUCAUUGUGCCAAAUCUGACAGAAUCCUACAACAGCCAUAGAGAUCCACCAGAAGAAGAAAUUCCUUUCUGUACGUUGAAAUCUUUCCCAGCAGUCAUUGAACACACAAUACAGUGGGCGAGAGAUAAGUUUGAAAGUUCUUUUACACACAAGCCUUCAAUCUACAACACGUUUUGGCAGAUCUAUUCAUCUGCAGAGGAGGUGCUGCAGAGAAUGCAGGCCAGAGAGAGCUUGGAGGGAUCUUUUCAAGUUGUUAAAUUACUCAGUAGAAGACCUACACACUGGUCACAAUGUGUUACACUGGCAAGAUUGAAAUUUGAAAAAUAUUUUAAAAGAAAGGCUGUACAAUUGCUGCAUUCAUUUCCUCUUGACACAAGGCUAAAAGAUGGGAGUUUAUUUUGGCAAUCUCCAAAAAGACCACCUUCUCCAAUAUUGUUUGACAUGACCGAUGCAUUGCACUUUAAUUUUAUUGUGAGCGCAGCAAGACUGUUUGCAUCAGUUUAUAACAUCUCAUACACAGAAAAGGACUUGUCACAUGAAACAAUCUUUCAUAUAGUUUCAGAUGUAAAGAUCCCAGAAUACAAGCCUUCUGAAAAAAAGAUUGAAACAGACGAAAGUGCAAGGAAGCCUGAUCAGACCAAGCUGGCAGUGAGCAGUGAAGAAGAGAGGGAAGCCAUCGGUCAGUUGGAAGAAGCCAUUGCCGCGGCUGCAGUCACAAAAGAUCACCUCCAGAUGACGCCAGUCUCCUUUGAGAAAGAUGAUGACAGAAAUGGACACAUAGACUUUAUAACAGCUGCCUCCAACCUGCGAGCCAGGAUGUACAACAUAGAGGCAGCAGACAGACUAAAGACCAAGAGAAUUGCUGGAAAGAUCAUCCCUGCCAUUGCAACAUCCACUGCAGCUGUGUCUGGAUUGGUGGGACUCGAGCUGAUAAAAGUCGUUGGAGGAUUCAGUUUUGAUUCUUUUAAAAACUGCUUUUUUAACCUAGCAAUUCCAAUCAUUGUGUUUACUGAAACAGCUGAAGUGAAGAGAACACAGAUACGAGAUGGAAUAUCCUUUUCUAUCUGGGACAGAUGGACAAUUUAUGGGAAAGAAGAUUUGACACUCUCAGAUUUUAUAAAUGCUGUCAGGGAAAAGUAUGGGAUUGAGCCCACAAUGGUGGUACAUGGAGUUAAAAUGUUAUAUGUCCCAGUUAUGCCAGGACACAAGAAAAGACUUAAGAUCACGAUGCAAAAACUCAUCAAACCCUCCUCCGAGAAGAAGUAUGUAGACCUGACUGUCUCUUUUGCAUCUGAAACGGAUGGAGAUGAAGACUUGCCAGGUCCCCCAGUGAGGUACUACUUCUGCCAAGACAACAACUGAACCACAUGUCAACCCGGCAGCCAAGGACCACUAGCAUAUAGACUGCAGUAUAGCAUUCUUCUGUAAAUACUUUUAUAUUUUAUUGCAUAGCUUUCUAUGCACCUGCCUUAAUGUGUGUUUAACAACAGACUUGCUAAAUUAUUCAUUUAUCGAUUCACUUUGGAAAUGGCUUGGUUCAAACUGUUCAUCUUGAAACAUAUUUCAUUGUACUGUAAGUGCAGUCUUCCACAUCCAUCGUAUCUGAAUAGAACACGUAGGUUCCGUAUAUCAUCUGAACACCAAAGAUUUUUAGAAAUGUUGAACUGUGAUCUCACAAUAAACACGGAAAAUUGAAAAUGUGAUAUUUCUGUUUUUCUUAAUGUGAACAUUGUACUAGUGGCGAUAUCAGACGAUCAUGGCAAGCACUGGUGUUUUCUUUGUUGAUUUUUAUUUAUAGUAGCCACCAGUGUACAUUAUUUCUCUGUUUAUGUGUUAUACAGUAGGUCAGGAUAAACCCUUGACACAUUGAAUCAGAAUGACUUUUUUAUUGAUGAUUAUGUGACAUAACAUCAUGAACAUGAAUUGCCCACCACCUGGGAAACUGUUCGAGGCAGUACACCCCCAUAAUAGAUUAGAUAGUAGGGGUAGUUAUAAGGGUGGAGAUUGGGGAGUUACAGGCUUCAUGAUGAUUCAAAUGCAAGAGGGGCAAAUUACUCAAUCGUGUUUGUUUUCUGAUUGGUUCAAAUUAGAUAUAUAAAAAGUAAUGUGUGUAGGGGCACUUCCUACCACAUUUCAAACUUAAUUUAUCACAAUGAAUAAUGCCAGCGACAAUGUUUUGUUAUAGAACUUUUAUUCCUGUCGAAAUUUGUCAGUUUCCUAAGAUUUCAUUUACAUGAGAACUAAAAUAAGAUUGUGGAUCCUAGUUUUUACCUUUCCCCUGCUGUUUUGUAAUAUUUUUACUGAAAGAAAAUAUGGUGGGUUGUCUUUUUCACUGCGCCUUUCCCCCAGGGCUCUGCAUUACGCUAUAGUUUUUACCUAAUUAAAUUUGGCAGGGGGUGAUUAUAAGGUUGUUCAACUUUAAAUCUUAAAUACAGAACCUAUUAUAACUAUUUAUAUGAUACCACUUGGAAAACCAUGAAGUUCCUAUUUCCUUCUCAUUUAUUUGAUAAAAUGUAUGCUCCACUUUGCCUGAGUUGCUGGCACCAUGGUAUUAAAGUUUUUCAUUCCACCCCGGUUCUCAAUUACUUAAUUGAAGCAAUUGUUUUCUUAAUUGGCCAUCGAUGAUUUAGAGAGACCCAGAAAACCUGCAGGAUUGUGGCUCUCCAGGACCGGUGUCGUAGGAAAUAAGUUGACCAGGAAAAAAGUUGAUUGCGCAAGCGCAGUAAGACAAAAGUAAGGCGGGGCUACAGUUUGAUUAAAGGGGAGGUUCACUGCAUGGAUUUUUAUUUUUAUCUGGCUGAUUUAUUUACUAGACUGUGUAUGUUGGUGCGUGUUCGUGCCACUGUCUUUUCGUAUGAACUUUAAAAUGUGUGAUCGACGGCUCUUUAUACGGUAAAAUGUUUUAAAUCCCUGUCUUUUUAUGUUUCUAUUACAUCGUUGUCAAUCAGAUGUAGUUUAUGUGUGAUCGCGGAGAUUUAUUUAUAUAUUAAAUUAUUUUACACGUCAAAA